AUUCAUGCCAUCUGUAUAACCUCCUAUGUCUGACUGCAAUUUCUGUUAAAUCUAAUGCUGCAUUUAUGAAUAUCUAGAAACACUCAUUUUAAGAGAGACAAAAAUGGACGAUUGUUUUGAUGGAAUAGAUUGCAGAUCAAAGUGUGAUCCAAUACUGAUGAAAGUUUUGAGAUCUGCCAUGGAUAUUGCACUCGAGAAAGUCCAGCCCAAAGAUGGGCCAAUCAAGUUCCUUAACGGGAGUUCUAAAUUCUAUGAGCUUGCUGCCAUUUUGGUGGAUGGUGGAUUCAGUAUUGUUCAAGAAGAGGGAGAGAUUCCUGUGAGAAGGCGCAAAAAGAUCCUCUCAGACCUUGAGGAGAUGAGGCAAUGGCUAUAUGGACGGGUUGAGGUAAUGCAGAUGUUCAUUAUUGAGAAAAAUAAGGAAUUGAUGGAUAGGUUUGAGAAUGAGAUAAAGCUUAGAAAGAUCAUGGAAAUGAAAGAAAAGGAGUUAGCUUUACUUCAUGAGAAGGUGAAGCUUGAAAGAAGACAGGGUGAUGUGGAUUGUCCUCUCAGCAACGAGGCAAUGCAAGAAGGUGAAAUCACUGAAUUGAAAUAUUCACUGGACCUGGAGGAUGCUGAUCUUGAGAAAUCCAAAGCCACGAAAUCCAGUGAAGAUGAGUUCUAUUGUCAAGGUCACAAUUUUUUUGGAUUCAAGCCAAUGACUGAUGCUUUAAUGCCCGAAGGAAACAAAAUCAUUCAGCAGAUGACUUCUGAUUCAGACAUUUUAAAGAGAACAUUGGAUUUCACAUUCGGUAAAGUGCAUAGUACUAAGGUGCCUAUCCUGGAGAAGCAAUGGAGGCACACCAUUGAGACAAAAGUGCUAUCGGUCCUGAUUAAGGGCUUCGUAGAUGAUAUCCAACAAAAAUUCAAUGCAAACCUUAGGGAGAGAAAAAGCAAUAUUCAAUUUGGCUUCACAGAUGAUAAAUGGACUGAACUCAUUAUGCAAAUGACAAUGUUGCGUGAGGAACUGGAUGCCUUUUCCAGUAGAGAUAGUUUCAAACUGGGAACGUUGGACAAGAAUGAUGGUUUAGGUCCACUCACAAAUAUAUGUACAUCUGUUAGUGAUCCUUUGCCAGAAUUUACUUGUUAUGAGCCUGGUGAGGAUAAAAAAACUACCGGAAGUCAUUAUAUUGCUGAGAUGAUUAAGAGUCAUGAGGCCAUAAUAAGGAAGCAACACAAAGAUUUGAGUUGGUCAACAGGGGAGAAACCCCUGGGGAAGGGAUCUUCAUUGCUCAAAAGGAAAAGAGAAUCUGACAGUUUGGAAAGAAGGAUGCAAGAAUGUACCUCAAGAUUAGACCGUCUAAUUAGUUGGAGUCAUGGAUUGGUUGAUGAGAAUGAUGUUCAAGUUUUGGAACCUUUUCAAAAGAAACCAAAUUCUCUCUUGGGAGGUGAAGAACAUAUGGGGAGCCAUUAUGUUGAAGAAUUAAAAGAUGAGAUAAGAAGAUUAAAAGGGGAGGCAGAAGAUUCUUGUCUGCAAAAUUCAAUGAUGGAACAGGUUUACCUGCUCCUUUGUCAAGGUCUGGUGAAAGAUUUCAAUGCAAAGGUAAGUAGCUAUGGCAGCCAGAUUAGGAACCAUGCUAACAGAUUGUCCUCAAUGGAUUUCACUGACAAGAAUGAAGACCGAGCAGCAGGAAACCAACCUGACAGGUCUGGAGACGAAACUAAAAUCUUGGAAUACAUACUAAGGGAGGAUAUCCUUAAGGUUUUUAUGACUGAAAUGAUCAAUUUGCUGAAACAGGAAAAGGAUGCAUAUGAAAUUGAAAAUCUCAUCAGGGAGGAUAUACACAACUUGGUCAUAACUGAGGCUGUGAAAGAUGUCAUUUUCCUUUCAAAAGAAGCUGAAGGGCAAGGCCGUUUGAGUACUUCAGAAGAUAUUCCCUCUUCUGCUAGGAACUGGGGCAUUGAAGGGGAGGAAACUUUGAUCCAAGUUCUGGAUUCUGUGUUCAAGUGUCUUGAAUUGGAAGAAGAUCUAGUUUUGAGUGCAAGUUCUGAGAUUGAGCAGCACAGUGUCAACCAUUACCUGGAAAUCUUCAGAACUGAAGAGCGGGAUGAGCGAGAGGCCAUCCAAUGGCUAUUGGAUGCUAAUGAAAGCAUUUUGAGUUCAGUGAAUAUAAAGUUAGCCAAAGCACUCAAACAGCUGAUCACGAGCAAGGAACUGUUGAUGGAUUUGGAGCGAGGUUUAGGCCUAUACCCUGAUGACAAUGGUGAAGAUAAUAAUAAUGCGACUGUUGUGAUUGAAGGUGAUGAAAACAUGCAGCCUUCCUGCCAACUAGAUGGUGACAAUAGAUCAGAGAAGCCCAAUCAGUCUGAUAACGCCUUCUCAUCUCUCAGAAGAUUUCAGCAAGUCCUGAGUGAUUUUGAGGACAUGAUAAUUGGUAGCUUAGAGAAGAAAUGCCUUAGGAUAGAGGAACUGAAGCAGCAAUUACACGAGUUAGUUCAUCCUGUUGCCUCAUUGAGGAAAAGGAAACAACUGUACAAGAAGGCAUUCAUAACAAGGUGUCAGAACCUGCAUUUAGCAGAAACUGAGGUUGAUUUACUAGGGGAUCAGGUGAAUGCUCUUCUGGAAAUUCUUGAGAAAAUAUACCUGGUAUUGAGCAAAAAUUCAUCAGCUUUGUCAUGCCAAUUCGAGGUCUCUGACAUUGUAAGAUUAAUCAAGAAAGAGUUGGCUGAUGCUGUGGCUUGCACACCUAAAAAUUAGAAUUAAUGCCUAGAUUGUACAUCUAAUAUAUAUAUAUAUAUAUAA